GUUGGUUAAUUUUUGCAAACUACUGGUGGAAAUGAACAGAUCAGGCAGUAAAUGUGGAGAGGAAUAAAUGGACAACGUUUAGGCCGACCCCUUCAGCAUGCAUAGACUGUGUACUCCUCUGCUCAGUUGCUGCCUGAACUACAGAGUUCCUUCAGUAUUUUGUGUGUAUGUGUCUACAUUUCCAGCAACCGCAGAAUCCCUUGUGUUUUAUAUCUGCAUUUGUAAAAAGGUUCUACUUUGGCAUUAGACACGCGGAAAGUUUGCUGAUAUUAAGUGCAUUGUUUAUGGGAGCUGCUUUCUGCAUUAAAAGAGCUGCUGAGUUUUCUACACAAAAAAAAACAGGUAUGGACAUACAACCAGUGGUUGCAGGCACCUUUAAUGGCACCGUAAUUACCCAGAAAGCUCUGCGUAACAAUUAUCGUCAUCGCUGAAGCACCGAUCAAAUGCGCAGGCGUCAGGGUUGCGGAUGCGCUCGGAUAUCGCGCAUGCGCACAGUACUCAAAAGGCCUCGAGAAAUCGGCUCCAGGUUAAAAACGAGAAGGAAUUUGUCUCCAGGAAUCUCAAACACGGCACGCCAGUUUUGCUGUCUCUGUCUAGAUAUUUAAAUGGAGCAAGGGAUUUAAUCGACCAUCCUUCCUGCUCAGACUGUGGAGAGGGAUUCACUUGGUUAUUUGACCAACUGGCUGCCCGUCAUUUUACAGAGGGGAAAGGCCGUUCACCUGCUCAGACACUGGGAAUGGAUUCACUCGGUAGUCUCAACUAAAGGUUCAUCAGGAAGUUCACACUAGGCAAGGCCAUUCAUCUGUUCUGUGUGUGAUAAAGGAUUCAGUCGGUCAUCCCACCUGUGAACACACCAGUCAGUUCACACCGGACAGAGGCUGGUCAUCUGCUUAAUUUCUGGGAAAGGAUUCACUCAGUCAUCUGACCUAAUGGCUCACCAGCGAGUUCACACCAGGGAGCGGCCGUUCAACUGCUCGGACUGUGGGAAGGGAUUCACUCGGUCAUCUGACCUACAGAGUCAUCAGCGAGUUCACACUGGGGAGAAGCCGUUCACCUGCUCAGUCUGUGGGAAGGGAUUCACUCAGUCAUCUAACCUACAGAGUCAUCAGCGAGUUCACACUGGGGAGAAGCCGUUUACCUGCUCAGAAUGUGGGAAGGGAUUCACUCACUCAUCCAACCUACAGAGUCAUCAGCGAAUUCACACUGGGGAGAAGCCGUUCACCUGCUCAUUCUGUGGAAAGGGAUUCACUCAGUUAUCCAGCCUACAGAGUCAUCAGCGAGUUCACACUGGAGAGAAGCCAUUCACCUGCUCAGACUGUGGGAAGGGAUUCACAGUGUCAUCCGACCUACUGACCCACCAGCAAGUUCACACUGGGGAGAAGCCGUUCACCUGUUCAGAAUGUGGGAAGGGAUUCACUCGGUCAUCCGACCUACGGACUCAUCAGCGAGUUCACACUGGGGAGAAGCCGUUCACUUGCUCAGUCUGUGGGAAGGGAUUCACUCAGUCAUCCACCCUACAGAGUCAUCAGCGAGUUCACACUGGGGAGAAGCCAUUCACCUGCUCAGUCUGUGGGAAGGGAUUCACUCAGUUAUCCAACCUACAGAGUCAUCAGCGAGUUCACACUGGGGAGAAGCCGUUCACCUGCUCAGAAUGUGGGAAGGGAUUCACUCGAUCACACACCCUACAGAGGCACCAGCGAGUUCACACUGGGGAGAGGCCAUUCACCUGCUUAGACUGUGGGAAGGGAUUCGCUUGCUCAUCUAAGCUUAAGGUGCAUCAGCGAGAUCACACUGGAGAGAAACCAUUCACCUGCUCAGACUGUGGGAAGGGAUUCAGUGAGUCAUCUCAACUACUGACCCACCAGCGAGUUCACACUGGGGAGAAGCUGUUCACUUGCUCAGAAUGUGGGAAGGGAUUCACUCAGUCAUCUGCCCUACGGAGUCAUCAGCGAGUUCACACUGGAGAGAAGCCAUUUACCUGCUCAGUCUGUGGAAAGAGAUUCACUCAAUCAUCCGCCCUACAGAGUCAUCAGCGAGUUCACACUGGAGAGAAGCCGUACACCUGCUCAGAAUGUGGGAAAGGAUUCACUCAGUCAUCCCAACUACUGGCACACCAGUCAGUUCACAGUGGGGAGUGGCCGUUCACCUGCUCAGAAUGUGGGAAAGGAUUCACUAAGUCAUCCCAACUACUGGCACACCAGUCAGUUCACAGUGGGGAGUGGCCGUUCACGUGCUCAGAAUGUGGGAAAGGAUUCACUCAGUCAUCCCAACUACUGGCACACCAGUCAGUUCACACUGGGGAGAGGCCGUUUACCUGCUCAGUCUGUGACAAAAGAUUCUCUCAGUUAUCCCACCUGCAGAAUCAUCAGCGAAUUCACACUGGGGAGAAGCCAUUCACCUGCUCAGAAUGUGGGAAGAGAUUCACUCAGUCAUCCAACCUACAAAGUCAUCAGCGAGUUCACACUGGGGAGAAGCCGUUCACUUGCUCAGAAUGUGGGAAACGAUUCACUCAGUCAUCCCACCUACUGGCACACCAGUCAGUUCACACAGGGAAGAGGCCGUUCACCUGCACAGUCUGUGAGAAGAGAUUCACUCAGUUAUCCCACCUGCAGAGUCAUCAGCGAGUUCACACUGGGGAGAAGCCGUUCACCUGUUCAGAAUGUGGGAAGGGAUUCACUCGAUCAGACACCCUACAGAGUCAUCAGCGAGUUCACACUGGGGAGAAGCCGUUCACCUGCUCAGAAUGUGGGAAAGGAUUCACUCAGUCAUCCCAACUACUGGCACACCAGUCAGUUCACAAUGGGUAGUGGCUGUUGUUAUGAAUCCCUCGGUUUCGUUUGGUGUGGACUGUCAUUUUAAGAGAGAGAGAGAGAGAUUAAGAAGGCGAAUCAGUCUGACUUGCAGUUUGUUUACAUCGCUCGCAGCUUGUUUAGUUUUAAGCAAGGACACAGACACUCAGAGUCGGACGGAGACGAAGGAGGAAAAGUGGAAGGGUCGAAACAAGGGAACUAGUGGCCAAGGGUCACUGUUUAGAACUUUCCUAUGCCCGCAAGGGUGGGUUACUUAUCGAUUCAGUGUACAUCGACUGGUUGUCACCUCGUUUGAUCCAUAGGAGUGGAUCAGAUUUGGGGUAUCCUGUGAAGACCACUUAUGUGUUAACCCUUGCCUGGGUGUAAUGUGGUAACUCACUUGAAGACGAUACCCCUUGUGACAAGUCACUUUCGGUGAUAAUUCGUAUGUGGAUUUGGAACGACGAUGGAUAAAAUCUACAGUGACUGUUCUCUCAUUUUACCAUGGAACCUGUGGAAUUCGAUAAAAUUGCCUUCUCUCGACACUUACCCUGGAUUACAAAUAUCUCUCAUCACCUAUUCUGCAGAUGAACUGAACUUUCAUACUUUACCAUCUCAAGACUCUAAGCCUUGUUUCCCCCGAGCUCAAUAGUUUGGGAGUUAUAUUUACACACAUAUACACAAAACACUGUUAACUUUUGUUUAUCUUGCUUAAGUUACUAUAUUAUAAGUAGAUACUAAUAAAGAUAGUGGUUUUAACAUCAAAACCAGACUCCAGGUGUAGACUAUUGCUGCUGGUUCAUUUCUAAAGCGUUACAGUUCGUAACAAAAUUGGGGCCUGCAUCCGGGAUAUGAACAAAUUUGGCGGUGUAUUGAUUGAUUAAUUAUCAAUUUCAUUGGAGAAAUCCCUUUUGAUUUAUUUACGUGUGGAAAAUCAGCAGCAAUGGAUGUUGAUAGAUUUCUGGAAGCGCCAACCUCUGAGGCAUUAGAGGACGCCAGAAGAAUUGAGUUGUUGAGUAUUGCUAAAAGGUUAAAACUUGGUAAGGUGAAAUCGACAAUGAGGAGGGACAGAUGCAGAGGAUGAUAGCUGAACAUUAUGUAUCUGAGGGUGUGUUUAAAGUAGAGAAGUUGGAGGUGUUUCCUGAAAGUAAACCUAGUGAGCUUGAGCUCCCAUACAAGUUAGAAAAAUUAAAGAUGGAGGCUGCAAAAAGGCAGGGGCAGUUUGAGGCUUGAGAGGCAGAAGAACAGAAGGAGGAAGCAGAGAUAGAGGCUGUUAAAGCUGGAAAAGAAAGAGAGAUUGCAGCAAAGACAUCUACGUUAGACUCUGGUGAUAAAGUUUGAGGCCAGUUGGGAAGUUAAAUUGGUACCUCCAUUUGACAAGGCAGAGGGUGAUAAAUACUUUCAGCAUUUUGAGAAGUUUGCUCAGAGUUUAAAGUGGCCAAAAGAGUGUUGGUCUAUUCUCUUACAAAGUGUAAUUAAGGGGAAGGCUCAGCAAGCCCAUUCUGCUUUGACAGUUGAUGAAGAAGCUGAUAAUGACAUAGUGAAACAGGCUGUGCUCAAAGCUUACGAGUUGGUCCCAGAAGCAUACAGGCAAAAGUUUAGAAAUUUAAGGAAAUCUGUAAACCAGACUUAUAUGGAAUGAUUCUCUUGGGGCAUGAGAUGGAGUAAGUCGCAUUUUGGCUUUGCUCCAUUCAUUUUUCAGUCUUUUUACCACUCUUUUACUAUCUAUAGUAAAGUGUUUAUAACACUUUUAUAUGCUUGAGCUUGGAUUUUUAAUCGCUGGAAAUGAGUACCAGAGGGAAAAAGGCAUUAGCCGAAGGCAAGGAAGCCGGUAAUGAAAAUGGAAGGAGAGAAGGUGACUCUCAACAGCCUAAGUCUCAACUCACUUUGGAGGCUAUGUUGAAGCUUCUGGAUGAUAAAAUUGAUACAAGAUUUUCUAAUUUGGAAGUAUUGUUAAAGGAGAUCGAAAGUAGACUGGGAGCACUUAGGCGGGAGUGUGAAAAACAACCACGGCAAAUUUCCAAACUUGAUGAAGCUGGUAGACAGAGAGACCGCAAGCUAGAUUUGUUGGAAAAGAAAUUAACUUUGACCACUCAAACUCUGGAACAAUAUAAAGCUAAGAUUAUCGACCUGGAAAAUCAUAGUCGUAGACAGAAUUUGCGAAUAAUAGGACUCCUUGAAAACGUUGAGAGUGGUGACCGUGCUAAAUUUUUUUCUCAAUUUUUAAUGGACGUGUUUGGCUCUGAAGUUUUUCCUACUUCCCCUAUACUUGAUCGUGCCCACCGGGCUUUAAGAGCAAAACCCUUUAAAGAACUGAAACCUCGACCUUUUAUACUCCGAUUCCACUAUGUGCAUAGCAAGGAGCAUUUAAUUUGAAUUCCCCUUCAGAAAGGGGUUAUUGAACACAGAGACCUCAAGUUUUAUUUAGUCGAAGAUUACAGUCCUGAGGUAAUGUGAGAAAGAUUGCUUUUUAAACCGGUGAUGUCUGAGCACUAUCAAAGGUUCCAACCAGCUCUGCUAUUUCCAGCUUGUCUAAGGGUUGUUCUGCCUGAUAAAUUAUGUAGAUGGUUUAAAUCCGUGGAUGAAGCUCAUCAAUUCCUUGAGGAUCAAUGUUCAAUCUCAGAUGUCUAAUAAAUUUACUGUUUUUUCAUGUCUGUAUUCAUUUGGUUUAUAAGUUAAUAACAAGUUCAUAGGUUUGGACUUUUAAAGUUUGAAGAAUUUUGCCCUUCGUUUGAUAAUGCUUGUAAUUUGUUUUGGAAUAUGGAUAUUUAUCAUGCAUUUAUGUUAAAGUUCCUUUUCUUCUCCAUUAUUAUUUUAUUUUAUUAUUUUCAAUUGUUUGUUUUUAAAAAUAAUUAAGAAUCUGAUUUGGUGAUUGAUUGUUUUCUUGAAAUACUAAUAAGAUUGUAUUCUGUUUCACUUUACAAGAUCUUGCCUUUCAAAAUGUUUUGCAAAUGGCGUUUUUUUAAUAUUUGUUUGGUGUUUUUUUAUGGCAUUCUUUUCCCAAUGUUUUGACUGUGGAUGGUGUUUUCCAUUCUUUUCAAUUUUGGAGACUUGCCUUCAAGAGAGAUGGGGGUAGGGAAUUGUCUAGAUAACUUUCUGGCUGUCUAUUGGCCCGUUUUUGGGCUUUUGUGGGAGGGGAGUGGGGCUAUUUUUAGCUUAGUUUUUUACAUCUGGGCUGAUCUGAAACUACAAAUAUGUCUGAAUUGCCGUGACUUCCAGUUCCUCUUUAAACCUUUUUCCCUCUUCCUGAUUCAUGAGUUUCCUAUGUAGUAAGGUUAAUCCUUUACAUACCAUAUAGUUUAUUCAAGUACAAUGGAUAAUAUUAUUAACUUUUCAUGGAAUACGAAUGGUUUGAAUCAUCCAAUUAAACGGAAGAAGAUCUUUAAAGUUUUUCAUAGAUUGAAUGCUCAGAUUAUCUUUCCCAGGAAACUAAUAUAAGGAAGGAGGAUAAUCAGCGUUUUACUUUAGGUUUUGGAAAAAACAAAAAUUUCACUCCAAUUCACGGGCUAAGGUGAAAGAAGUCUCUAUUUUUAUAGAUUCCUCGAUUUUAUUUGUUCACUAUGAAACAAUUUCAGACCCAAAUGGUAGAUUUCUGUUAACUACUGGUUUACUUUAUAACCAAAAAGUUGCUAUUGUUAAUAUCUAUGCACCAAAUACCGAUUAUCCUUAAUUGUUCAAGCAUUUAUUUGUAUCUCUUCCUCAUGUAAGGGGUUUCUUCUUUUAUGUUACUGCUAAGGCUAAUAAAAUGGCUUCUUUGUUAUGUUAACUACUGAGAAAGUGCUUCUCUCUCGUAGCUUGUUUGGGUUAUAAUUACUGAUAAGAGAAUUGUAUUCAUUUGCUAACCAAUUGGGAUAGAUGCUAUCCUUGUGUGUCUGUAAGCUAUUGUUUUUGCGGACUUUGAGGCAGAAGGCGGAUGGGGACAGAGAGAGGAGAUGCGAUGCUGUAAGCUGAGUGAUGGGACGGACCCCAAGUGGGAGUCCGAGGCCCAGGGUUUUUGGGAGGAGAACCGAAGAGGAAGGACGCGGUGGUCGCGCUCUGGUCGACCACCGUGGUUGGUCCCAGCGGCGAGUCAAGGGGGUCAGAGGAGAUCGCAUGGUGGAAAGAGGACCCCGUUAAUUGAGCUCUAACGGUUGUGCACAAAGUGGUUGAACUCUGAUAAGUUUGGCACCUUUUACUUCUUUCUUUUAUAUUGUAUCUAUUAAUUACAUAGUUCCAGUAAGGUUUAUAAAGUGUAACCUUUUAAUCGCAUAUGGUGUACUGUCUGUUAUUUGGCAUGGUAGGGUAUAUCACACAGCAUCUACACAAACUAAUUACCCAGUUUGGCGGGGCCGAAGGCUGCUUCCCCUAGAGGAAAGCGAGCUGAGCGAGCCUGAGGCUUACCGGGGGCUACACUAAUUUAAAUGAAUAUAGGUUGAUAAUGGGUGGAGAUUUUAACUGUUGCCUGAAUCCCUCGAUGAACAGGUCUGCGCCCAGUCAGGUACUUCCAAACAAAUCCGCUAUUUUUAUUAAUUCCUUUUGAGUUGACUCCGGAAUUUUAAAAGUUUGGAGGUUUUUACUUCCUAACGAUAAAGAGUUCUCAUUCUUUUCUCAUGUAUAUCAUAAUUAUUCUAGAAUUGAUUACUUUUUUAUUUUUCUCGAUUAAUUUCUUCUGUUACAGCCUGUCAGUAUGAUGCAAUUGCCAUCUCUGAUCAUGCGCCCCUGAAACUAUCAAUCAAAUUAACUGAUGUAACUUUCAGUGCUAGACAAUAGCGGUUCAAUUCUGCUCUGCUUCAGGACUUAAAUUUUGUUCACUUUAUUAAAGAACAGAUUGCCUUUUUCUUCUCAACUAAUUUUACGGAAGAAAUUUCCAGUGGGAUAUUAUGGGACACUUUUAAAGUAUAUAUCCGUGGGCAAAUUAUUUCAUAUUCUGCUGGAUUGAAAAAACGAAUUAAUAAUGAAAUACUGUACACACAUUGGUUGAUAAGAUUGAAGAAAUUGAUAAAAAUAUAUUCUGCUGCUCCUAAUUUGGAGCUUUACAAAAAGAGAGUUGAACUUCAGAUGCAACACAGUUUGUUAUUAACAUCCCCAAUUGAAAAUCAAUUACUUAAAACUAAGAGUCAAUUUUAUAUACAUGGUGAUAAAUCAGGUAAAUUACUGGCCAACCAAUUGAAAGCUGCUUUGGCUAACUGUCAGAGUUUACAAAGUUUGUAAACGGGUUGGUACUUUGAUGGUUGAUCACGAUGAAAUUAAUAAAUCUUAAAGAGUUCUACACCUCUUUAUACCAAUCACAAUUUCCCGAUGAUUCUACCUGAAUUCUACCUGCAUGAAGUUUUAAGAAAAUUGAUUAUUCCGAAAUUACCACUUAAUGUUUAACAUUAGAUGCACCCAUUACGGAAGAAGAAAUAAAGAAAGCAAUUUCCUUGAUGAAUUCUGGUAAAGCAGCCAGCCUGGAUGGGUAUACAGUAGAAUUUAUAAAACCUUUUGCAAGUCUACUUUCUCCUUGGUUAUGUAGAAUUUUUAAGGAUGCCUUAUCUGUAGGUAAAUUGCUAAAAUCUUUUUAUGAAGCAUCUGUUUCUUUAAUUCCUAAAAGAGAUAAAGACCCCUGUGAAUGUGCAUCAUAUAGACCUCUAUUCUUGUUAAAUGUGGACUCCAAAAUUUUCUCCAAAAUAUUAGCAAUUAGAUUGGAAAACGUAUUGCCACAAAUUGCCUCUGUCGACCAGACAGGAUUUAUUAAAAAUCGUUAUUCGUAUUUUAAUGUUAGGAGGUUGAUGAACAUUGUAUAUACUUCUUCAUCUAAAACUCCAGAAUGUGUUAUUUCGCUUGAUGCCGAGAAGGCAUUUGAUAGAGUUGAAUGAGAAUAUUUAUUUAACACCUUGAGAAAUUUAAUUUUAGCCCAAAAUUCAUAUCUUGGAGUAAAUUGAUAUAUCAUACACCUUUGGCUUCUGUACUUACUAAUAAUUAGAGAUUCCCCCUUUUUUAGGCUUUUUCAAAGUACUAGACAGGGCUGUCCUUUAAGCCCUUUACUAUUUGAUAAUGCCUUGGAGCCCUUGGCAAUUGCUGUUCGUGAUUCACCCAAUAUAUUUGGCAUUAUUCGUGGGAAUGAGACUCAUAAGGUAUCAUUAUAUGCAGAUGAUCUGUUACUAUAUAUCUCUAAUCCAGAGAAAUCCCUCCCUGCAGUAAUAUUACUACUUGCUCAGUUUAGUAGUUUUUCUGGUUAUAAAUUGAAUCUUAAUAAGAGUGAGCUUCUUCCAUUAAAUAUGCAAGUUCCAGUCUAUAGACAAUCACCAUUUAGACUGGUUACUGAUUAUUUUACUUAUUUGGGUGUUAAAAUUACUAAGAAGCAUAAGAAUCUAUUUAAAGUUAACUUUUUACCCUUAAAUGAUUAUGUUAAACAACUGUUUACUAAAUAGUCCCCUUGUCCCUAUUAUUGUUUGGUCAAAUCAAUGCUAUUAAGAUGAUUAUUUUACCUAAAUUUCUCUGUCUACUUCAGACGGUACCAAUCUUCAUCUCUAAAUCUUUUUCUGAUAUUAUAUAUUCUAAAAUGUAUUCAUAUAUAUGGCAGAAUAGAAAUCCUAGAUUAAGUAAGAAAUAUUUACAGAAAUCAAAAAUCCGGUCCGGCAUUGUUGAACUUUAGAUUCUAUUAUUGGGCAAUUAAUAUUCGAUAUCUAGCGUUCUGGACACAAGAUUUGGAUGAAAUUCAAUGUCCACAAUAGGUGAACCUCGAGUGUGAGUCUGUACAGGGGUUCUCGUUGGCUUCUAUUUUAGGGGCUUCGCUUCCCUUUGCACUUACUAAACUGAAUAAACAAAAUGAUUAAUCCAAUAAUUAAACAUACAAUACAAAUAUGGUUUCAAUUUUGUAAAUUUUUUGGAUUGAAUAAAUUUAUCCUAUCAAGUCCUAUUAUAUCCAUUUUUUUCUUCCAACCAUCCAGAACUGAGCAAGAUUUUCUUUUAUGGAAAAUGAAGGGAAUAAUAUGUUUUCAUGAUUUAUUCAUGGUUAAUUGUCUUAUGUCCUUUGAACAGUUGUCUAAUAAAUAUAAUUUGCCUAGAUCACAUUUUUUCAGAUAUUUACAGAUUAGAAAAUUUUUGAAGGUUAUUUUACCUACUUUACUGAUAUCACAUCAAACUGAAAUUACAGAAAAUAUUUUAGGUUUAAAACCAUAUCAGAAGAGUCUAAUAACAAUUGUUUAUGAUUUAAUUACAAAAAUACGUUUAGGUAUGUCUGAUAAAAUUAAGAAUGAAUGAGAAAGAGUACUUCAGGUAUCUUUACCCAUAGAGAAAUGGGAGAAAAUUCUCCCAACUAGUUAACAUUUCUUCAAUGUGUGCUAGACACGGGCUUUGAUACAAUUUAAGGUGGUUCAUAGGGCCCAUAUGUCUAAGGAUAAGUUAGCUCGUUUUUAUGGUCAUAUAAAUCCUGUCUGUCACAAAUGUAAUUCUGAGAUAGCUUCCUCGACACAUAUGUUCUGGUCUCGCCCUCUCUUGGAAAAAUAUUGGAAAGACAUUUUUGAGAUUAUUUCAGUAGUUUUGCGUAUUGAUUUACAACCUCAUCCUAUUACUUUAGUUUUUGGACUACCAAUGAUAGACUUCAGUCAUUUAUCCCCUUCAGCUUGUCGUUUGAUUGCAUUUGUUACAUUAAUAGCCAGAAGAUCCAAUUUAUUUAAAUGGAAAGAGUCUAAUCCCUCUACUACAUUUCAAUGGUUUUCCCAAACUAUAACAUGUUUAAACUUGGAAAAAAAUUAGGAGUGGUACCACUGAUCCUUUGGUUAAAUUUGAAGAAACUUGGAGGCCAUUUAUUCAACAUCUUCAUAUGACGUAAGCUGACCUUUUCCAAAUCAUUUUUAAUAACUUUUUGUUUGUGUAUAGAGGAGUGGAGUUAAUGACAAAUAAUGAUCUUAAGUGAUGAAGUAUGGCAGCCCAGUCUUUGUUAUGUUUUGUUUUUUUUAGUGUAGGGGGUAAAAACUUUUUUUGAAUCUUUUUCAUGUUCAGUUAUUAAGAGAUUGGGAGGUUUAAAUUAAAUAUGUUACUUGGGAGCCUGUGUCUGUAUACAUUAACCAUUAGUAAUGUAAUCCUGAUCUUUUGGUAUCAUUAUCAUUGUUAUGUUUAUCAAUUUGA